AGGUCUCAUGAAUCUGGAAUAUCUCCAUGUUGUGCUCAUGAUGGGAUCAUUUCAAUCAUGAUGCCUUGGAUGGAUGCAGUGUAGAUCCUCCAGGUUGAGUUGCAGAUUGCAAUUCAGCUUAGUUAUACUUGCUGAAUGUUGAACUAAAGCUUAUAGGACCCAUCAUUAAAAUGAGUGAACGAACAAAUGAUCCAAAGGGGGAGUCCAAAUGUAUGGACUUUGUUGUGGUACCCCUGCCAAGUGCAGAAGAUCAAAUUUUUGACCGCCUGAGAGAAGUAUCUGAGAAGUUCAAGAAGAGAUCUCCAGUGCAGUCACCAUCAUCUGUUACCACUUUGCCUGCUGAUGGCAAUGUCAUACAAAUGGUGAUUGGGCCCAACCACAUUGCAUACCUGACCAAGGAUGGCCGGAUUGCACGAAGGGCAUACUCAAUCAAUUCUGAGAAAUUAUAUCUCAACAAAUCAGAUGCUAGGAGCAGCAAAAAUGGAGGCCUGUCUCGUCAGCUGGCCAGUGGUGGUGGAAAUAACCGCAACCGAGGACGUCGAGGCACCCUCUGUAUCUCGCCAGGAGUGGGAGGUGGGUCUAGCAGUAGUGGGGGAGCUGCUGGGGGUGGUGGAGUCAGUGCAGGUGGCAGUGGAGGUGGAGGAGCACGUCCACCUGCACUAAGAGCAAUCCGAUCAGGAUCAUCUGGGGCCACUCUCACUCGCUCAACAGCAAGAAUGAGUACUGGAGGUGGUGGCACGGUCAUAGUUGGAUCAAGACCUGUUGUCCCUGCUACAUAUGUACCCGAAGAGCUCAUAUCUCAGGCACAAGUUGUCCUACAAGGAAAAAGCCGAUCUGUCAUCAUCAGAGAGCUCCAGAGAACUAACCUGGAUGUGAACUUGGCUGUGAACAACUUGCUGUCCCGGGAAGAUGAAGAUAACGAUGGGGAUGCUGAAGGAGACAGUUAUGUAUCAGAUGAUCUCAUCUCACUUCUUGAUGCUGGCCUUUCCACUGACCACCCAUCUGUAAUAAUUGAUGCUGAUGGCAUGUUCUCAGAUGAUGUCUUGGCUUACUCACGAGUCAGGUCUUCUCGUCGUUCACCCUUGGAUUCGAGAGACCAGGACAUGCGGGAUGCAGCAAUGGCAGCUGCAGCUGCAGCAGUUGCAACUGCUGAACGAGACCGAGAUGGUCGAGAUGCUGAUUCUGGGAGGGAGACUGUAUUCCGCUGGAGGGAGCGAUGUGUGGGACCCCCACGUUGGCUGGAAAAUGCCCUAAGAGACUCAUUCCUUGAUCGAGAGACAGUUCCCAGUGUUGCCAUUUGUUCAGAUGCCCGCAAGAAGGAGAGUGCGGGGACAUCAAGUUCUAGCAGUGUCAGCUCAAUCUGGUUCUGCCCGACUGAAGAAGUGUGGACACCAGAGUCUGGUGUGACCUUUACCCACAUCGCUGCCCUCCACUCAGAGCUCAUUGCUGUGUCAUGCGAUGGGAAGGUCCAUCAGUGGAAGUGGAAUGAGCCCUCUCCAUAUAAACAACCUGAGAACCCCAAUGUCCGUCACCCAAAAGCUCUGUUCAUGGGUCUGGUUAAUGAAAAAGUGACCAUGAUUGGAGCAUCUAUGAUCCGCUGCACUGUGGUCACAGAAUCUGGGAAGGUGGCUACAUGGGUUGAUGACACCAUUGCUUCUGUUGCCAGUCACCGGUUGGAGCAUCCGGCUCAGAUGUACCCUGAGUUUGUGAAUGAUCGUAUAAUCUCCCUCCAUGUUUGCCAUCUCUACUCAUGUGUUCGAAUUGAAAGUGGCAACCUCUACUGGUGGUGCGUCUCUUUGGAAAAUCUCUCUCAAGUGAUUCCUUUCUUGCGAAGUCAAGGUUAUUGGGGCCUUCUACCAUACAGUCAUCGGCUGAAAAUGGUGAACAAGUACCGGGUAAAGGUGAGGAAGAUGCGAUCUGACCAUGGGAGUGGGGAGAUUGUUGCCAAUGCCCAAGUGUGCCUCCAGGUCUCCCCUAUCUACCAUGCUGGUGCUAUUGGAUUCACAAUCUCAUCUGGGAAACCCAAAGUGGGCCAGCUUCUCAAUUCAGCAUGGAGUUUCAGUGACACAUGUUCCUUUGAGGUGUUGAGCCCUGAGGAGGCAGCACAGAGGAUGAGGGCAGCCAGAGAUGACUCUGAAUUGUCUGCAGCAGAUGAAGAUGUAACUGGACAAUCACCCAUAUACAAAAAACGUAAACAUGAAAAGGAGGAGGGGGAGGCCAGCAAGACCCAGGAGGAGUGGUACAUCAAGGAUGUUAUGUUCUUGGAAGACGUGAAGAAUGUUCCAGUGGGAACAGUUCUGAAGGUGGAUGGAGCCUAUGCUGCUGUCAAGUUUCCUUCCAAGGAGCGGAACAAAAGCGAGGAUGCCUCAAAUCAAUCCCAUCCUGAGAACAUCCUCCAAGAAUGUCGUCUGCUACGAAAGGAUGAACUUCAAGUGGUGAAGGCAGGUGGGAGCCUGAAGGGUAUUGACUGUUGUCAGCGAGCCCCCCGUCGUAUCAACAUCCCUGACCCUGCCAGUGUGCUCACCAUGGACAUUGAUCGCCUUGGAAUUCACGCAGUGGUGCGAAAUGGAAUGACACUCAGCUACAACGUGUUCAACUUGAGCAGUGGGAAGGCAGAGAAGGAGAGUCGAUUUCCCCCAGAAGUCACCACCUUCCUCCUCAACCAUCGACAGCGUCUCCAGCUUCGCUGCUUCCAGGACAAUGCAGACGAGGUUGGUACUGCACCGAUGGAAAGCCUGGCUCUCCUCAUGGAUGGAAACCAGGCCCUUUUCCCACUGGCAAGGGACUGCCUAGCAUCCAUUCGAGAUCCAUGGUGGCUGGAUCUGCCCCCAAUUCAGUGCAUGGGGAUGGGAAUUGCUUCUCUUCCAGAGUCUGCAGCCCCACCUGCAACUCAGGGUCAGAAGAACAUGGUUGGAGUCAUGGCCCUUGUGUUUCAAACCCAGAAGCUACUCCCUCUUGUCCUCCGAGGUGAUUAUGAUGGGGUUCUGAAUGUCCUGCGAAGCAUGGAAGACUGUGGCAGUGGAUGGAAUGAAGAAUCGAUAACAGAGGCGCUCUCUGAACAGUGUGAUGGGAAUCGUAACAUUCUCCAUAUAUGUGUGGCCAUCUGUGCUCCUACCUCCAACAGGGACUGCGAUCGCUCUGGCCCUUCAGCCGAUAAGUUGGAAUUUGUCAAUGACAAGAAGUACUCAUGUCUGAACAUCAUGAAGCUCAUUCUGGAGCAUCCUUGCUUGGAGCGCCAUCUGUAUCGCCUCCUGACAGAGAACUUUGUGGCAUUUGAGCUCAAAUAUGAUGAAUGUAUCAUCUUUUCUGUUUCUUACUUCCUUAUUCAAUUGGCAUGCAUGGACCUCAAUAUGCAAUUGGAUGCUGAGGGUGCAACUCCCUUCAUGCUGAGUGUCAAGAUGCGCUCAUACUAUGCUGGCCUCCUCCUGUUUGACAUGGGCCUCCGUCUUGCAUCUCGGAUCUCUGGUGAGCACAGGAAGACCCUGAUGAACGUUGUCUACCCUGAGGGCAGUCGUCCUGAUGACUCUCCACUUCAUGUUAUCUGCUGCAAUGAUACCUGCAGCUUCACGUGGACUGGAGCUGAGCACAUCAACCAGGAUAUCUAUGAAUGUCGCACAUGUGGACUGAUGGGGUCGCUGUGCUGCUGCACAGAGUGUGCACGUGUCUGCCACAAGACUCAUGACUGCAAGUUGAAGCAGACAUCACCAACGGCAUACUGUGACUGUUGGGAGAAGUGCCGCUGCCAGUCUCUGGUGGCAGGAUCCCAAGCAGCCCGAUAUGAGCUCCUCAUGCGGCUCAUUUCUCACACAGAACUGGUGGCUCUGCCAAACUCAAAAGGAGAGCACAUCCUUUUGUUCCUGGUCCAGACAGUGGCUCGUCAGCUGCUGGAGCAGCGACAAUAUCGCUCCAUCCGUCCACGUGUCUCUUCAUCGUCUGCCUCGGCCCGCCCACAUCCUGACCUCCCUGACAUGCCUGAGCAUGACUUGGAGCCACCCCGAUUCUGCAGACGUGCCCUUGAUCGACUUCUGGGGGACUGGCUGGCUGUGAAGUCCAUAGUGAUGUCAGGGUCAAAGGAUGCAUCAUGCAUCCCAGGCCAGGGGCUCUCUGAGGAUGCUACCUACCUCCAAAUGCAGAGUGGAACUGCUCUUCUUGACAAAUUCGUUCAUUGUCUUCUCUCCAAGUGCAGCAUGGAGGUCAGAAAGGCUUUAUUGUUUGUGAUAAGAUUUUCAUGCAAGGUUUAUUUAAAUUCAUGCCAGGUGUUUGACUUGUGGCUCUCAUUGUAUUUUUCUCUGCAGAUGCUGAUGACGCUGCUCGGAACAUUGAACACAGGGAUGCAAAAUGUCACAAUUCCUGGCCGAAGUUUGCAGGCAGAGAAAGCUGCACGUCGAUUUGUCCGCUCUGUUGCCAGGAUUUAUGUCAUUCUCAAUGUUGAGCUCUCUCCUGCUACUUCCCGCAAGAAAAGGCAUGACAUCUUGCAAAAUCCAUCCAGCAUCACACAACCUAUUACCAAGUGUCGCCGAGUGUUUGAGAUCCUCAUUAAGAUGGCCAUCCCUGAAUUAUGUGAGAUGGCUGAUGCCUUGAUUGCCCCAGUACGCUUGGGUGUUGCCAAGCCAACUGCUCCCUUCAGCCUUUCUUCCACACAGGCAGAUGCUCUUCAUGGAAUCGAGGAACUUUUCUCAGUUGAGCCAAUGCGGCCUGUGAGUCCUCGAGAGGCCAUGGAAGGCAUACAGGAGGAUCCAUCAGAGGAGGCAGAAGCUGAUGUAAGAACUGAGUCAGAAGCCAUUCCUGUGGGCCUCUCUGGUGGAGGAAUGGACCAACCUCAAACCUCCUCAGUCUCUGAUGCUCACUUGGAGCGGGAUGCUCGAUCCUCUGCCAGCCGUGAACGGGAUGCAGAACGGGGACCACCACCGCCUUUGCCUCACCAGGGAGAUGAGACUGAGAAUGAGGGUGAGAGUGAACAGGAACAGGAGCAUGAAGGUAGAAGUGCAAAUGAGAUGUGGCGGGAACAUGAUGGAGAUGAAGCAGGAGACAAUGAGGAACUAUGUGACAUGGAACUGGAUCUUCUGGCAGAGACUGACUCAGACACUGAUGACAACCACAGCCAACAGGAUGCAGCAAGUGUCCAGCGGAGUGUUCAGACAGGUGCAACUGCUGGAUCUGAUGCUGGUGGAGCAUCCCUGGCUUUGUUCUCAGAGGAUGACUCUGCUGACUCUAGUGUGAUUGAGGACUCAGAAGAUAACACAUCAGAGGCUGACACAUAUGCACUGAGCCCUUCGCUGGAAGAGGAUCAAUUGGAGAGGAGGGGAGGAGUGUCAGGAGGAUUGUCUCGUGUCCCAAACCCACCACACAUGCUGCAAUGGGCUGUGCGAGGAGGAUCCACAACAACUACCAAUCGCGAGGAUCAGACCCCUCCCUCACGUUCUCUCAACAAUGCUGCUCCUGGCAGUGCCCCUGGUAUCUUCCUCAUUUUUAUUACAAUGCAUCUCAUGCCUGCUAUGUUGGUAAUCAAUUUGCUUCCAUCAGCCCAAUUGCUUGCAGGUGGGAGCAACCUGAUCUAUGUGGACCAAGGCUCUCUGCGUCGUUCAGCAACAUGUCCCCUGUCCCAGGUGGGACCGGAGCCUGUGACAAUGACAACAACAGCCUCUUGUCUAGCCCGGGCCUUUGGCAUCGUCAUCCGUACAAUCUCUGACCUGUUGAUUCUCCUGCCUGAUUAUCCUGCAGAGGUGUCAUCACUUGUGCCCAAUAUGACACCUGUCCCUCUCAGCGAGAUCAUCCACCUUCAGCUCUACUUGGAGCAUCACUUGAAACCAACGUGGGACUGGCUGCUGACAGUGAUGGACUCAACAGAAGCACAACUGCGUUUUGGUGCUGCUCUGUCUGCUGCCACUGACACUGGUGGUUCCAAGCGAAGUCACUCACACUCCACCACCGCCUCCUCCUCCCGUACUGCUCGUGACCAUCGGGAUCUCAUUUCUGGUUCUGGUCAGAGGAGGUUCCGGCCAGGCCGACUCCUGCCUUCAAGUUCCAGCGAUUCUCACUCAGCAAGACGAGACUUCCUUUCUUACUGCUUGUCUAUCAUGCGGGCCCACAAUGCAGAGCACUCUGACUCCCUCCCUGUGCUGGACAUCGCAUCUUUGAAGCACAUUGCCUACAUCUUUGAUGCCCUCAUCUACUACAUGCGAAGUGGGUCUGAGAACAAUUCUCUUCGCAGUGGACGUCCUGGAUCCCUUCUGCCCCCUCGACCCAUUCAAGACAGUUGGCAUGAUCAGGAUGAAAAUGACAAUGACACCCUGGGAGAUGAUGACCUCACUUCCUCAAUUGUGGAUUCUGAUGCCUCCUUGGGGACCCAUGAGAAGAGAACAGAGGAGAUGGAUGAUCCCAACCUUGGCAGUGGAAGGCGCCACAGCUUCUUUCACCGAUCUGAUUCCACUCUCUUCCUCGGCUGUCCAUCUCCAGACCCAUUUGCUACCCCCAUGGCCCAGGCAAUUCCACUAGCAGAACAGCCCCAUCUCCUCACUCCCAAUGCAAGGAGGGAGGAGCUCUUCAGUGUUGCUUCAAGGACUGUCCUUCCACCUGCUACAGGAGGGGUGAAUAGUCGAAGCAUGCUGGAAUCAACGUUGCCAACCAGACUGGGUCUGUCUGUGCGCACAGCAGAUGAAUCUGACCCAACUGCUCCUCCCAUGCCAAGCACUUCCUAUCCAGUGAUGCCUAGAGAGGCUUUCCCCCCACCUACACCCCCACCCCCACUUGUGUCUGCAUCCUCUGUCCCUCCCCACCCAUCCACAUCAAAGGGAAAGGAUAAAACCAGUGGGAAAAUGGUUUGUGAUUAUGAUUCCACUGAUGAGGAUGAAGACAAUGAGGAUGGGGAGGACAGAAACGACAGUCGAAAGAGGGAAAGACAUCGUGAGCCCCAGGAAAGUGAAGGAAGAGGAGAAGCAAGUUCAGGAUCAGGCAGAGGAAGAAAUGACUCUGAGCAACCCCUGCCUCCAUCAUAUCCCCCAGGGUAUUUGUUUGUAUACCCACCUGCGUCUCCAAACUCGCCUCCCCUCCCACCCAAUACCCAGUCCCCUCCUCCACUGCCACCACCACCACCCCCUCCACCUCCUCCGCCCUUCCUCUCGCUCCCCAUAAACUUGUGCACUGCACCUCCAACUUCUUCCUCUGUCAUUGUCUCCCCUCCCAAGAGCAAGAAGAGUGUGAUCGUCCAUGCAGGUCCCAUGUCCUCUGGUCAGCGAGAUGAUGAGGCACAUGGAUCCUCUGAUGCUUGCAAGGUGGGCUUUGCAUAUGAUCAGAACGCUGGUGAAUCUCCUAAUGUGUUAGUCGUCCCCACCAGCAGCCAUCAUCCGGCUGGCAGUGAGGAAGUCGUCACUGUUGAGACAUCAUCCCAUCCGCUAUUCAACAUGGACUCAGCUCCUCGCCCCCCUGUUCGUGCAUCAGUGAUCGGACAGCUGGUGUCCCAUGACGUGUUGCUGGGCCGCUGGCGACUGGCCUUGGAGCUCUUCGGACGCGUUUUUGUCGAAGACGUCGGUUCGGAGCCCGGGUCGGUGAUCCCACGCCUGGCCGGAUUCCACGUGCGGGAAGCGCGUUUCCGCCGCGACAUGGAGAAGCUGCGCAACUCGCAGCAGCGGGACCUAACCCUAACCAAGGUGGACAGGGAUCGCAACCAUCUGAUCGUCCAGGCCUUCAAGGAGUUCAAUUCCAUGUACGGGGCGACCCAGCGCCGCAUGACCAGUUCCUCCCACCAUCAGCCGCCCCUCGCUGUGAAUCGAGUGAAGGUGACCUUCCGCGACGAGCAGGGCGAGGGGUCGGGUGUUGCUCGAAGCUUUUAUACGGCCCUGGCUGAGGCUCUUCUUUCGUAUGAACCGCUCCCGAACCUGGAGGGUUGUCAGAUGGGAAGUCGCUCGAUGAGUUCGAUCCAGUUCAACCUGGUGCAGCGCGUCUCCCGACACAUCGGUGGAUCCAGCACCUACAAGCGAAUCCUGGGUGGACGUCGAGAUUACCGCCGACAGCUGAACCACGAGUCGCGUCCAUUUUACCCGUCGCACGAUGGGCGACCGAAUGAACACAUCACUCGGUACCUGCAGGUCCUUGGGGAUCGGCUCUACCCCAGAGUUCAGGCGCUUCGUCCGUUGUUGCCACUGAAUCGUUUCCUCGUUGUUCAGGCCUUGGCCAGCAAGAUCACGGGGAUGCUCCUGGAGCUAAACCCACCCGAGCUGCUGAUCCUCUCGUCGUCGGAGGAUGAGCUGCGGCGCCGCGUGGACGAAGCGGUCGACAUCCUUCUCUCGCACGCCAGGGAUUCCUCCUCCACCAAUGCCGACAACUCCAACGACAUCAUGGACGAUGUGUUCAACCUCGGGCGGAGCGGGGGAAGCGGCGUGGGGACCCACUCGGACACGGAGGACACGAUGGACGUGGACGGUUCGGACGAUUCCUGCCCGCUGUUCUACCAGCCGGGAAAGCGGGGAUUCUACUCGCCGCGGCAGGGGAAGGCGACUCCCGAGCGAAUCAACGCCUUUCGCAAUGUGGGCAGGUUGAUGGGGCUGUGCCUGCUGCAGAACGAGCUCUGCCCAAUCCCCCUGAACCGUCAUGUCCUAAAGUAUAUCUUGGACCGGGUCAUCCGGUGGCACGACCUGGCCUUCUUCGACCCGGUCAUGUACGAAUCUCUGCGCCAGCUGGUCCUCGAUGCCGAGAAUGCCUCCGAGAACGCAAACUCUCUCUUUGCUGCACUGGACCUAAACUUCAGCAUCGAUCUGUGUGCGGAAGAGGGUGGGGACACGGUCGAGCUCCUUCCGGGCGGCAAGGACAUCGAAGUGAACGCUCACAACGUCUACGACUACGUCCGUCGCUACGCCUGGUAUCGCAUGGUCACUGCUCAGGAGAAGGUGCUCGAGGCGAUGCGGAACGGGGUGUACGACGUGCUACCGUCGACCGCGCUGGAGGGCCUCACGCCGGAGGACCUGCGGCUCCUCCUCAACGGAGUCGGGGAGGUGCAGGUGUCGCAGCUGGUGUCCUACACGUCCUUCAACGACGAGAGCCGGGAGGGCGGGGAAAAGCUGACCCGCUUCAAGCGUUGGUUCUGGACCAUCGUGGAGAAGAUGACGCCGCCCGAGAAACAGGAUCUGGUAUACUUUUGGACGGGGAGCCCGGCGCUACCGGCGAGCGAGGAGGGCUUCACGCCGAUGCCGUCCAUCACGAUUCGCCCAGCGGACGACACGCACCUGCCGACAGCGAACACGUGCAUCUCCCGGCUCUACAUCCCGCUCUACUCGGGGCGUGCCAUCCUGAGGAGCAAGCUGUUGCUCGCCAUCAAGGCGAAGAACUUUGGAUUCGUGUGAGUGGGUGUGUGAAUGUGGAUGUUGAGAGACUGAAGUUCUUGUGUUCUUGCCCGCUUCGUUGUGGAAUAAAUAUUGGGGUAUUCCAAAUUGAACUU